GAAUCAUUUUGAUGAUUUAACCCCCAAUUCCAACCCUUGAUGCUGAGUGCCAAGCAGGGAGGUAAUGGGUCCCAUUUUUAUACUCUUUGGUAUGACCUGGCCGGGGUUUGAACUCACGACAUACCGAUCUCAGGGGCGGACACUAACCACAAGUCCACUGAGCAGGCCGGACUUGUCGCACUCACCGCUCUGGUCCUUGGCGCUUUUUGUGAUCCACCACAGUAAGCCACGACAUUUACGUAUAAUGUCCCGUCGGGUAGCAACUUGAAAAACUUAUUUUUUGAAAGUUUUGUGAAUGCAGCGUGCUGGGAUAAUGUCUGCAUGUGCUCAAUAGAAACGAGGCAGGGAGCCAGGCACGGAAGAAAACUCCCCAUGGCCACACCGACGUAACUUUCACUCAUUGAUAAAUGUUUCUCUGCCUUCAUCAAGCCCGGUCGAUGUCCCGCCCCCGAGAGCCAUAUACCCCACUGUGAUUGGUAGGUUUGUGAAGCUCCACACGCAACACUCUCAAGUGUCAUUCAUGUAAAACUCACAUGCCGCACUAACAUUGGACUUUCAUACUAAGGUGGUAGCCGUAAAAUCAUGACGCCCUGUAGUUAUUUGAGUGCCUUUUGACCAAUCAUUGAGGAGAUCGCCUGAAACCGGCAGUCAAGCCAGGAAGGAUGGAGAAAAACACAUUCCUGGUCCUGGAGAACUUCAUCGGAGGAAAGUUUGUCCCUUGCCCGGCUCACAUUGACUCCUAUGACCCGUCCACAGGCGAGGUGUACUGCAAAGUGCCGGACAGCGGCGAGGAAGAGGUGGAUUCGGCGGUGCAGGCAGCCAAGGAGGCCUUCCCGGGCUGGUCCGUCCGCAGUCCAGACCAAAGAGCUCAGGUCCUCAACAAGCUGGCUGACCUGAUCGAAGGCCACCUGGAGGAGUUUGCUCAAGCUGAGUCCAGAGACCAAGGUAAAACGGUGACGUUUGCACGCACCGUGGACAUUCCACGCUCCGCGUACAACUUCCGCUUCUUCGCCUCGUCCGUGCUCCACCACACCACCGACUGCAGCCAGAUGGACCACAUGGACUGCCUCAACUACACCGUGCGCUGCCCCGUGGGAGUGGCUGGUCUGAUCAGCCCGUGGAAUCUUCCACUAUACCUUCUGACGUGGAAGAUCGCACCCGCCAUCGCUGCGGGCAACACGGUGGUCGCCAAACCCAGCGAGAUGAGCUCGGUGACGGCCUGGAUGAUGUGCAAGCUGAUGCAGCAGGCUGGUGUUCCUUCGGGCGUGGUCAACAUCGUGUUUGGACUCGGCUCUCGCGCAGGCGACGCCCUCGUAGGCCACCCGGAAGUCCCCUUGAUCUCCUUCACGGGGUCUACAGCCACUGCCCGGCACAUCACUGAGCGCAGCGCCCCCUACUGUAAGAAGCUGUCGCUGGAACUCGGCGGCAAAAACCCCGCCCUCGUCUUCGCUGACGCGGACCUGGACCGAUGCAUCGAAACCACGGUGCGCUCCAGCUUCUCCAACCAGGGAGAAAUCUGCCUGUGCACCAGCAGAAUUUAUGUCGAAAGGAGCAUCUAUGCCACGUUCUUGGAGAAGUUUGUGGCGGCUGCCAGGAAGUGGAAGACGGGCGUGCCAUCUGACCCUGUCAACAACAACGGCGCUCUCAUCAGCAAAGAACACCUGGAGAAGGUUCGUAGCUUUGUCGCUCUGGCCAAAUCUGAGGGCGCCACUGUGCACUGCGGCGAAGGCAUUAACCACCCGGACCUCCCGAAUCGCAACAUCAACGGCUACUUCAUGGGCGCCACCGUCAUCUCGGGCGUGGCCGACAGCUCCCGCGUCAUGCAGGACGAGAUCUUCGGCCCCGUCACCUGCGUCAGCCCCUUCGACGGCGAGGACGAGGCGGUCGCCAAGGCUAACGGGGUGCGCUACGGGCUGGCAGCCACGGUGUGGUCCCGGGACGUGGGGAAGGUCCAUCGGGUGGCCAGGAGGCUUCAGACGGGCCUGGUGUGGACCAACUGCUGGCUGGUGAGAGAUCUAAACCUGCCCUUUGGGGGGAUGAAGAACUCUGGCGUAGGCAGGGAAGGAGGGAGGGACUCCUAUCACUUCUUCACUGAGGUGAAGACCAUCACCAUCCAGCACUGAGGCAAAGACACCAUUAUGGAGGAGGUUUUGAAGAUUAUGGUAUGGUGGGCGUGGCUCUGCACCUGUCUGUAAGAGUCAAGCUCCUCCCUCUUCCACCAAAUUUGACAGCCUUGGCAAGAUUUGGAAGUCAGUGCCCCCUUUUUUUCUUUUUUUUUUUUAAAGCUGAAAAAGGAUGAAAAGUGAUAGCACAUAGGACAUCACAUUUUAGUAAGAUGUAGUGAACUUUUAAACCACUGUUGGGCGCCAUUGUCAUUCAUGUCAAUACCAAGAUGGGUAAAGUGUCCAUCCAUCCAUUUUUAUAUGGAGACAUUAAAAGAUAUCUGAUUGCUCCCUCAGGGGAACACAACUAAGUUCAAAAGUACUAAGCAAGAAUGACACAAAAACACUCACUCACAAAUACACAAUUUCCAUGCACUCACACACAAUGUGCACUUUAGUGCAUUAUGUCAUGGUCAGGAUGAUAUUGUCAAUAAAAGAUUAGCUGCUGUAUAAUA